ACGAUCUGUCCAGUUCUGAAAUAUGAGAUGAGAUAAGGUCAGCUGCUGUGCGGUGCGGAGAAGCUCCUCCUCCCUCCAUUCAUCUUCCCCAACAAGGCUGAAGGUCUCCUCUUCCCAACCCAAACCCAACUCAACUCAACUCAGCUGCCAUGAACGCCGCCAAGAUGAUACUCCUGCCGCCGCAGCCGCCCACCUCUCCCCUCCCCUUCCGGCGCAACACCUCCCACGUCCCAUUCAGGAGAGCCCCAGCAAAGGUGUCUUGUAUGGCCGAAGAGAGCAGCGAAAGCGGCAACGGCCUCUCAGAGAAAGCAGCCAUAGCCGGAGGCUUGAUCUCCACGCCGGUGAUCGGAUGGUCUCUGUACACGCUCAAGACCACCGGCUGCGGCCUGCCGCCGGGCCCAGGGGGCUCCAUAGGCGCGCUGGAAGGGGUGAGCUACCUGGCCGUGGUGGGAAUCGUGGCUUGGUCGCUGUACACCAAGACCAGAACCGGGUCGGGUCUGCCCAACGGGCCUUUUGGGCUUCUGGGAGCCGUGGAAGGCCUCUCCUAUUUGUCGUUGCUGGCCAUCGUCGUGGUGUUCGGGUUGCAGUUCUUGGAGCAAGGCUCCCUUCCCGGCCCGCUCCCCACGGACCAAUGCUUCGGUUGAUAUCUGGGUCUUGCUAAUUUUUUAUAUUAGAGUAGACUGAGGUCUUUGGUUGACCUUGGUACGUUGAAUGGGGAAAUAAUUAUUCAUUCAACUUACUUGUAAUCAUGGAAAAUACCAUAUCGCGACGUAUUAUUUUCAUGUUA